AUGCAGUCAGAGGGUGUCUUCUUGAGCCGCAUCUAUCGCCACACGCCUGUUCCUACGAUUAUCCUCGAUGCGUCCAUGUCCGUAGUGGAAGUGUCAGACAGCCAUAUUGCCUUUUCCGGCAGAUCGAGGAAUUCCGUGCUCAACCGGAGCAUUGGUGACAUGGAUCCUGCUGUGAUCCCGGUCCCAAACCUCGCUACGUUGUAUGGUGCUUUGCGUGCUGCUUGUACGACGAAGGAAUCCCAGGUGGUCGAGAGGAUCCUGGUUAAUGGGAACUGUCCAUACUACCUGCGCGUUACCCCAGUCUUUGAAGGGUCUACGCUUAUCUACAUAGUACUUGAAGCCCAUAAGGUCACCAAGGAGACGGCCAAUGUCCAGCAUGCAUAUGUGAACGAGACAUAUAAGAUCCUGAUCGAUACGAUUAAGGACUAUGCAAUUUUCAUGUUGGAUCCGCAUGGCCAUAUUGCGACCUGGAACUCGGGUGCAGCUAUUCUAAAGGGCUACUCCACGGAGGAAAUUGUCGGAAAGCACUUUUCCGUUUUUUACAGCCAAGAGGAUCGCAUCAAUGAUAAGCCCGGCAAAGGAUUGGCGGUCUGUCUGCGCGAGGGGCGGAUGGAGGAUGAAGGAUGGCGAUACCGGCAGGACGGAUCGCGCUUUUGGGCUGAUGUGAUGAUCACUCCAAUCUACCAGUUCGGGCAGCAUGUCGGCUUCGUCAAAGUCACUCGUGAUCUGACCGAGCGUAAGGAGGCGGAGGCGCGGAUGAUAGCCGCAUUUGAGGAGUCUUCUAAGCUCAAGACAGACUUCCUGGCUAAUAUUAGCCACGAAAUUCGGACUCCCAUGAACGGGAUGAAUCUGGCGCUAACGAUGCUCACCGAUACAGGGCUCAAUGAGCGACAACGCGAAUACUCUUCUAUCAUUGAGGAUUCAAUGUCCAUAUUACUGCAGAUUGUCAAUGACGUACUUGACUAUUCAAAACUCUCCUCUGGCUCUUUUUCCUUGCACUCAGAUGUCGUCGACGUUGAGAGUUUAGUAGGUGCAGUGGUGCGAAACUGCAAGGCAUCCCUAAAACCCGAUGUACAAUUGUAUGCCUGGAUUCCGCCAGAUUUCCCGAAGGCCCUUCUCGGGGAUCCCCUUAGGUACCGGCAGGUGCUGCAGAACCUGGUUGGAAACGCCGUGAAAUUCACCGAGAGAGGAUAUGUAAAAGUAUCCACGUCCUUCUCACCAGACAACCAAGCCCCCGGAAGUUAUACACUCAAGACUGAGGUCAUUGACUCAGGGAUUGGAGUCCCAGAUUACGCCAUCAAUACAUUAUUUACCCCCUUCACGCGAUUUGCGCAUUCCUCCACUCAUCGUUACCAAGGGACUGGUCUGGGGCUGUCUAUCUGCAAAACUCUGGCUGAGUUGAUGCAUGGGACUGUGGGAUAUCGACCGAAUCCAGAAGGAAGAGGAAGCGUGUUUUGGUUUACCGCGAAGAUGGAGGGCUCAUCGAUGGUUUUGCCUCAUAAGGAACCGGAAAAACCUUUGGUGGAGGAAGAGGAAUAUCUCGCAGACAUGAUGCGGAAAAUUGCUCCACAGAAGCAUCUCCUGCUCGUGGAAGAUAACCUCGUAAACCAUUCAGUGAUGCUCAAGCUCCUCUACAGCUUGGGAUUCGAACGUACCGAUGGAGCCUGGAACGGCGAGGAGGCCGUCCGACUGGUCAAGCAGAAGCCACUCUCCUAUGAUGUGGUGCUUAUGGAUGUCAGCAUGCCAGUGAUGGAUGGAAUGACGGCGACGUCGCAAAUUCGGAAGCUGGGGAGCGAGGUACCAAUUAUCGCCAUCACAGGUAACGCUCUGAAAGGCGAUGCGGAGACAUAUCUAGCCAAGGGAAUGAACGAUUGCAUCGGAAAACCAGUUCAUCGUGCAGAGCUCCUGCGCGUCCUUUGGAAAUGGGUAGUGACCUGA